GAGAGCAGAGCGAUGAGGCCUUUCCACGGCGACGUCGCCGGCCUGACGUCGCUCCGUCUCCGUCCGCUCCUCUGCUUCCUCAGGCGCUGGGAUCUCUCCGACACCGCACACGCGCUGGAGCAGGAGACGGGCGUGUCCUUCAUGCCGGAGUACCUGCGGCUGCUGCUGGCCCAGGACAAGUGGGCGGAAGCCGAGGCGUACGUGGCCAGCCGGCUGGCCAGCCUCGUCCUCACGCGCAUCCGCAUCUUCGGCGUCAUGUCCAAGUUCGCCGUCGGGGAGGCCAGCACCGUCCCCGCCGCUUCCUUCCGACGCGCCGAGGCCGGCCUCCUCGCCCACCCCGAGCUGCACGCUGUCCGCCGCGUCCUCGACUCCAUGCGCUCCGACCCAGACAAGGCCUCAAGGCUGUAUGCGCACAUCCAUCCCGGGGCAGUGGAGGCCAUCAUGAAGUGGGUCGCCAAGUGCCCGGAGCUCAAAUCCAAGAAUCGAGCACCACCUCGUUGCCCCUUCGAUCGCCCCACUGAAAUUUCAGUUUUAAAGGUUUUCAAUUUGAACAAAUGGUCGAAAGUUUUACAUGAAUGCCCCACUGAAAUUUCAGUUUUAAAGGUUUUCAAUUUGAACAAAUGGUCGAAAGUUUUACAUGAAUGUUCUGGGAAUGCAGAGGCAGGGGUCUGA